ACGAACGAGCGAGUCAGUCUCCCUCUUAGCCCUUUUCUUUCUAGGCGAAAACCCUCUUUACGUUUUCUACUGGGUAGAAGAAUAUGGCAUUGAGAUCCAACCGGAUCUCUUGUCUGCUUCUCUGCGUCUUGAUUGCUCUGGAUUCUUCUUGGAAGGUCUCAUCUUCCAUUUUUCCUCCUCUUCAAGACCACCAGGAUUAUAAAGAAUCCGAAGCAGCAAGGAAUCCGGGUAGUGCUCAUGAAGUACAUUGUUCCAGAGAAAGGAGUAGAGCAGCAUGGACUAUAAUUCAGCAGCAUUUAAUGCCCUUUGUAGAAAAGGAAAGAUAUCACCUUCCAAGUGGAUGUAAGCUUCACCCUGACAAUGAUUUGUAUAGAGACCAAGAACAGCAUAAGGUCCAACUAGAUAUAAAUGAAUGGCAAUGUGGAUACUGUAAGAAAAGUUUUUACGAAGAGAAAUAUCUCGAUAAGCAUUUUGAUAACAGGCACUAUGACAUGCUGAAUCUGAAUCAAAGUAGAUGUCUGGCGGAUAUCUGUGGCGCAUUGCAUUGUGACCUCGCUAUUAACUUGAUGCCACGCAAGACGAAAUGCAAUCCUGCAGCUGCCGCAAAAAAUCAACAUCUGUGUGAGAGUUUGGCUAACAGUUGUUUUCCAGUGAAUGAGGGUCUUUCAGCCAGCCGUCUUCAUGAACUCUUCAUGCAUCAGUUCUGCAAGGCUCACACUUGUUCCGGACGCAAAAAACCCUUCUCUAGACAGAGUAAGAAGCGAACAAGUGUAUUGUAUAUUGCUUUCUCGAUUUUCAUCCUAUCGCUGCUGCCACUUUUCUAUGGUUUUAUUUACCUGUACCAGAGUGGAAUAAAAAGAGGCACACAAGGGCUUAAGCGCAUAUCGCAAGGUGGGCGAAAAAAAAAGUCAUUGUAAUGUUCUACUUAACCCUCGAUUUCAACUGGGAGAAAAGUGCCAAAAAAUAAAGAACAGAAGGGAGAUUUCCAUUAGGAUCAAACUUUUUCUCCUUGAUCACGGUUUCUUUAUUUGAAAUGUAGAGGAACCAAAGAAAAGUUGAGGAAUCCAGAAUUUUUGCCUCUUCUCUUUGAUCGAAUGUUAUGGACUCAGUUUACGAAUGCGGUGAUGAGAAAUUUGCCUGUCUUGGAACCUUUAAUUUUAAGGUGACUGACAGAUAGGCAGUUAAUGUACUUUAAAACACAUUAUACUGA